UCAUGCCCUUCUGACUCGUAUCUGCCAAGGACUUGCUCGGUCUCAGUUCAAACAACUCCUUCUACGAGAUAUGGACAAUAAUGACCUUCCAGAUACAACAAACAAAUCAUGAAUCAUCGUCGUUCAUGGGACACGUCUCAGUUUAUGGAGCAUCUGCAGCGAUUUUGAUUUCGGCCUAGCUGUAGUCCCAGCGAUAGUAAAUAUCCUUAUGCCACAUGCAUUCAUCCCUCACGUUGUGCCCGUCGCUACGGGCAUUGUCACACCUACGUGGGUUCAUGAGAUCCACCACCCAACGAAGCUCAAUUUGUCGCGGAUCAUGACAUACAUCGUGGACCUGACAUGCACCAUGCAGAUUCUCUUCCUACUUGCGCCCAAAGGGCCCAUCUCCUGUCCUGUCAUCAAGCUUGCCAUGAAGGCCUACGAGACGGCGGGAAAAAGCCAUAUCCACGCGGUGAUUCAAUCCAGUGUGCCUUCACUACUAGCUCGCUCUCGUCCCGAAGAGGAUCACACAUUGAAUGAGAUUGUCGAAUUGAUUGAGCGGUAUUCCAUCAAAACUGACAAGGUUCAGAACCUGAGGACAAGGAUUACUGACGUGCAGCGGCGGCUGGAUGAUGAAUGGGUCUGGGUCUGAUAGCUGGUUCUUUGUAUGCACAUAAACGAUUCGAUGACCCUGUACCCCGCGAAACUGCCAAAUGGAAUUACCUUUCG